AAGCUGCAAGUUCCGGAAACUACCGCAGAACUCAAGUCUUCGGACAUUCUUGAAGUCUGAUGCAGCACUUCUCAAGAAGCAAGUUUGUGUCGUACUUCCGCGACGGAUCAGACUGGCUACUUGAUUAGCUCUGCAGCUGCAACCACCAAUCUAGCUUAGAAGAAACUCUUUAGCUUUAGAUUGAAAUAAAAUGGAGAUGAUUCUCUCGCUUUUGUGUUUUACGACUCUGCUUUUCUCAGGUGCUCAGGCGGCCAAGUUUGCAAACGACUUCAACGUGACUUGGGGCAAAGAGAAUGUAAACAUUACAAGCAGCAGAAGAGGCGACGUUGUGACGUUGAAGCUUACUAGAGAAAAAGGAGGAGCUGGAUUUCGAUCACUGUCACCAUUUUUGUACGGGCACUUUUCAAUGAAAAUGAAGCUGAUCAAAGGAAACUCCUCAGGGACUAUAACGACCUUUUAUAUGUCCUCACAAGACAAUUACAAAAAGUGGUGCGAAAUAGACUUCGAAUUCCUAGGAAACGUCUCCGGACAGCCCUACGCACUGCAGACCAACGUGUACAUCCAAGGAGUGGGUAAUCGCGAACAACGAAUCUACCUCUGGUUCGAUCCUACAGCUACGCAUCAUACAUACCGGUUUCUCUGGAAUCAAGAGCUGAUAUUGUUUUUCGUGGACAACCGAGCCAUCCGAGUGUUCCAUAAGGCCACAGACCUCGGAAUCCCUUACCUCGAUUACCAGCCCAUGUACGCCAUCAACAGCCUGUGGAAUGGAGAAGCUUGGGCCACUCAAGGCGGCCGUGUCAAAAUUGACUGGACUCAGCAGCCGUUCGUCGCCUCGUACACGGAGUGGAAUGUUUCUGACGCAUGCAAAGUCCAGAACGCCACCGGUACAGCCGGUCAGCACGCUUGCUACAAAAAGGCCUACCAGAGUUCAUAUGGUCGAGCUCCUAACCUCGCCCUCACAAAGACUCAAGUUCAGAAUCUCCGAUGGGUUAGGAAGAACUACGUAAUUUACGAUUACUGCACAAAAAAUGCUACCGCAACUGCAGAAUGUGCUAGAAACUGGCCUUGAGAUCUGUGCAGUAUUGAAAUGGAAUAUUGAUCAAUACAUCUACGCUCGCUACAGCUUUGGAAGUCUCCUCCUUAAACAAAAAAAUUGGGAAAAGGAAAAAUAGAAUGCACUCAUAAAUGUUAUCUUGUAGAGGGAGAUUUUCUAGAUAUAUAAUGGAUCCGCAAUCUUGUACAGAAGAAUUGUGUGCCAGCAUUGUUGUCUCCGGAUAAAUGAGUUUUAUCAACGAA